UCCCAGACCGCCAAAAACACCGGAAGAAGAAAGAAGAGGCGCACUAAGAACUGCUCUUUCAAAACAAAAGAUUUUCAUCGUUUUCGAAGCAUCACUAAUAAGUUUUUUUUAAAAGCAGUCAGUAUUUACAUCUUCAAAACAUGCAUUCAGAGGACCAGGAAGAACAUAAAUCGGUAAAGAUGGAGUUUAUUGAAGAUUACAGUGAGAUCAAAAGUGAUCCAGACCCCUUCAGAGUGAAACAUGAAGAUACAGAAGAACAAAUAGGCUUGAAGGAAGAGAGUGAGGAGAGCAAAGAACUGAAUGAAGCAGAGGAGAAACAUCAAGUCAAAACUGAAGAUGAAUCUUUGAGUUGCUCACAGCAAACAAGAGGCAAAAAAUCUUUCAGCUGCCCUCAGUGUGGAAAAAGUUUUUUAUGCAAGCAAGGUGUUAUGUAUCACAUGAAAACUCAUUCUGGAGAGAAACCGUACACAUGUGACGAAUGUGGGAAGAGUUUUAGACAAUAUCAAGCUCUUAAAUUACACCAGAAAACACACAGCGGUGAGAAGGAUCAUGUGUGCUUUGAUUGUGGGAAGGCUUUUGUUACUCUUGCCGUACUGAAACUGCAUCAGAGAAUCCACACUGGAGAAAAACCUUACGAGUGUUCACAUUGUGACAAGAGAUUUAAACAAUCAGGACAACUAAAAGCACAUGAGAGGAUCCACACUGGAGAAAAACCAUACACAUGUGAUCAGUGUGGGAGGAGUUUUACACAAGCGUACGGUCUUAAAGUACAUCAGCAGUCUCAUUCAGAAAAAAGAGGAUAUAACUGUGAUCAGUGCGGUAAACAAUUUGCUAGGGCAUCAUACUUGAAGAAGCACCUAAAAAUUCAUUCAGAGGAGAAGCCUCACCUGUGUACUUUGUGUGGAAAGAGCUUUAUAUGGCUGGAUGAUUUAAAAUUACACCAGAAAAGACACAGCGGUGUGAAGGUUCAUGCGUGCUUUAAGUGUGAGAAGACUUUUGGUUCAGAUCAUCAACUGAAGCAGCACCAGACAAUUCACACUGGAGAAAAACCUUAAACUGGUGAACAAACUGCGUUAGUGUUUACACUGUGACAAGAUUAAAUCAGCCGGGAUCAUUUAUUCUGCUUGUAGUAAAAAUUAUUUCAUGAUUUUUUGUUAUAUUUGAGCAGUAAUUAUAUCUGU